CUAGUCUCUGAUGUAGAAGAAGAAGCCAAAAAGGAGACACGAUAGCAGACCACUUUUUAUAUGAUUGAACUAUUUGCCUUUUUGGUUUAUUUUAGUGUACUUUCGGAUCAAAUAUAAAGACAGAAAAAAGGUAGUGUCUUUUCGGUGUUUGGGUCACUCUCUCUUUACCCGUGCUCAAGUUCGGUGGCGAUGGUGGUGGGAGAGCAGCGCAAGAAGAUUAUCAUCGAUACUGAUCCUGGAAUCGAUGAUGCAAUGGCGAUAUUCGUGGCUCUGAAGUCACCAGAAGUUGAUGUCAUUGGUCUCACUACUAUCUAUGGCAACGUCUACACCACUCUCGCCACUCGUAACGCCUUGCAUUUGUUGGAGGUUGCGGGUAGGACAGACAUUCCUGUUGCUGAAGGAACACACAAAACUAUCAUGAACGGAACAAAACUUCGAAUUGCUGACUUCGUUCACGGUAAAGAUGGGCUUGGCAACCAAAACUUCCCUCCACCUAAAGGGAAGCCAAUUGAAAAAUCUGCACCUGAGUUCUUAGUUGAACAAGCUAAGCUUCACCCUGGCGAAAUCACUGUUGUUGCUUUGGGACCUUUGACAAAUAUAGCACUGGCUGUUCAGCUUGAUCCUGAGUUUUCCAAAAACGUUGGACAAAUUGUACUUCUUGGUGGAGCAUUUGCAGUAAAUGGAAAUGUAAAUCCAGCAUCAGAAGCUAAUAUUUUUGGUGAUCCAGAAGCUGCAGAUAUUGUGUUCACAUGUGGCGCCGAUGUGAUUGCUGUGGGAAUCAACGUGACUCAUCAAGUUAUCAUGACAGCUGAUGACAGAGACAAAUUGGCAUCAUCGAACGGAAAACUAGCUCAAUACCUAUGUAAAAUCCUUGGUGUGUACUAUUCUUAUCAUCUUGAUGCUUAUGAGAUUGAAGGUGUUUAUCUUCAUGAUCCUACAACAAUACUUGCGGCUUUCCUUCCUUCUCUAUUCACUUAUACUGAAGGAGUUGUUAGAGUACAAACAAACGGUAUCACUAGAGGACUCACUUUACUCUACAACAAUCGAAAGAGGUUUGAGGAAGUGAACGAGUGGUCAGACAAACCAUCGGUGAAAGUGGCAGUGACAGUUGAUGCUCCUGCGGUUUUGAAGCUCAUAAUGGAUAGGCUUAUGGAGUCUUGAUCAUUUGGGUUAUUUACAUCUCUAUUUGAUGUUUGCUCUUCUUGUGAGCCAUUUUCUCUUUUGGUUUUAACACAAUCCAUAUUGAAAUAAGGCUCUUGUUGUUGCAUUUUUUUUUUUUGAACAACUCUCUUAUUGUUGCUUUUUAAACUCAAAAAAUCAUUCUUAUUUUUUGUAUCUUA